UAGGACUAAACAGACGUGUUCAAUUUUAUUCAUCGGUGCAUAAGGAGUUUGAUUCAGUUACCACUCGGAUUUCGAAACGAAAUUUACUUUACUAACAAAGAUGUUUCUGUGGUUGGUGUUCUCAUGUUUUCUAUCUGGAACCUUAGCUCUGGAUAAUGGGCUGGCUCUCACACCGCCAAUGGGCUGGCUUUCGUGGGAAAGAUUCCGGUGCAUUACGGACUGUAAGAAGUACCCUCAGGAGUGCAUCAGUGAAAAUUUAAUCAAACGAACAGCAGAGCUGAUGGUCAACGAGGGCUACCUCAAUGCAGGGUACAAUUAUAUUGGCAUUGAUGAUUGCUGGCUGGAGAAGACACGUGGCUCUGAUGGGCGUAUGGUCCCCCAUAGGGAACGAUUUCCAAGCGGGAUGAAGGCACUCUCCGAUUUUAUCCACGAGCGCGGUUUGAAGUUCGGCAUGUACCAGGAUUAUGGAAACUUCACGUGCGCCGGAUACCCAGGCGUGCUUGGCAGUGAGAAGUUGGACAUUGACACAUUUGUUGAAUGGGAGAUCGAUUACCUCAAACUGGAUGGGUGUUACAUCCAACCAACUGACAUGGACGCAGGAUACCCACAAUUUGGAAAGAUGUUGAAUGAAACUGGACGCCAGAUUUUGUACUCUUGCAGUUGGCCGGCCUAUCAAGAGGAUGCGAAGAUUCUGCCUGAUUAUGCCGCAAUUGCUGAGCAUUGUAAUCUGUGGAGGAACUGGGAUGAUAUAGAAGACUCUUGGGCUUCCAUGACCAAAAUUAUGAACUGGUUCGGCGAUCACCAGGAUAGAUUAGCGAAACAUGCAGGACCGGGGCACUGGAACGACCCAGAUAUGCUAUUGAUAGGAAACUUUGGGCUAACGGUGGACCAAGCUCGAGUGCAGAUGGCAGUCUGGUCAAUCUUGGCAGCACCGCUCCUUAUGAGUGUGGAUUUGGCCACAAUCAAACCGGAAUUCAAGGAGAUUCUUUUAAAUGAGGACGUCAUUGCUAUCGAUCAGGACAUUCUGGGGAAACAAGGCUUGAGGAUUUGGAAGAAGACUGACGCUGGUCCGAGAAAAAAUUUGGAGAUCUGGAAACGCGAGCUUUCUGAUGGUUCAUUUGCUCUCGCCUUUGUAAGUCAACGUGAUGAUGGAAUACCAUAUGAAGCUACCUUUACUUUUGACGAGAUGCAAUUGACCAAUCAGGAUUAUGAUAUUCAGGAUCUAUAUAAAGACGACGCUGACAAGGUACUUCAGGCUAAUCAAGAGUUUGAAGUCAGGAUUAAUCCGUCAGGUGUAAAAUUCUACAAAUUCAUACCAAAGAGUUCAAGUGUUGCGAAGGAAAUUUAAAUAUAAGUAUUAUAAAUAAGUAGGUAUAAAUUGUAAAUAGGAUUUUAGUUAAAUAACA